AACUUUACCAUUCAGUGUGACACGGUCGAAGAGUGUGAUAGUAGUACGCUCCUUUCCAUGGAACUCGAGUGAAUGUUUAGUUCGUAUCGUUGGCUGACCCAAUUUCAUUGGUUGAGUGUAUUGAAUAAAGUCACCAGUGUUUCAGUGACUUUGGAAGCGUAUUCAUGGUUUAUGACUAACUGAAAGAAAAGUUUCGCAAGAAAGUGAUAGGCGUAAAUUCAGUCUGCUAUUCAACUUUUAAGAAAAUGCUGAAGUAACGGAAGGCUCCCAGGAAUUCAGUAGACCGUCGCCAUGACGACCACCAUCCACGGCCGUUGGAAAAACGACUGGCCUUUAUGGGUGACUUUUGGUUUGGUUCUGUCCCUCCUGGUAGCGAAGACCUCGACCCAGGACACCUACCACGGGUCAAGGGACGCUUCUUCCCGCUUGCCCUGGGAGGGUCCUCGCGAUAGCCACAGAAGCACCCACCAUCCGAGUCACAACCGCCAUCACCGCGACUCCGUGGAUCGCACGACGGCCAGAAGCUCUUGGUACGAAGUCAGCGGCCUCCGAGGCUCCAGCGGGAGACGCCAAGAUGCAGCUUCAUCCUCUUUCCCGCAGUACCCUUACGAUUACUCCCGCCAGAGGUCUCCUCCAUAUCACCAGCCGCUGCUGCAGCAGGAACCGCCCCCACCGGUGCCUCCCGCCCCUCCGCCGCCGCAGCAUCAUCAGCCGUCCUCCCGCCGGAGUCCCAGCGGGGGCGGCGCGAGGCCUGGCGUCAGGUCGUCGGGAACUUACACCAGUGAUCAUUCCAGAUCGCGGAGCAGCGGGUCGUCGUUUUCGUCAUCUUCUUCGUCAUCAGCGUCAGCGUCUUCGUCGUCAUUCCAAAGUCGGGCCAGUAGUAGUCAGAGAUGGCGCCCUUACAACCAGGGGCAUCCCGUCCACAGCCCCUGGGCGGACAUUCACGUGGCGCAUCGUCCUGCCACGCCCAGGAGGGACAAGAGGCCGAAUAUUGUGUUGAUCAUCUCGGACGAUCAGGACGUUGAAUUAGGAUCUCUGAACUACAUGCCGCGCCUGAUGAACAUCAUGAGAGAUGCAGGAGCCUAUUUUCCGCAGGCCUACACCUCCACGCCCAUGUGCUGCCCCUCCAGGUCAUCCAUGCUGACGGGGAUGUACAUCCAUAAUCAUGAGGUCUACACUAACAACGACAAUUGUUCGUCGACGCUGUGGCAACAAACUCACGAGCGCCGGACCUUCGCCACUUACCUUAAUGACGCCGGCUAUAGAACAGGUUAUUUUGGCAAGUACCUCAACAAGUAUAACGGCUCCCAUGUGCCCGUGGGAUGGCGUGAAUGGGCUGGACUCAUUAUGAACUCGAAGUAUUAUAAUUAUACCGUCAACAGGAAUAACCAGUGGAAGAAAUAUGGCGACCAGUAUCCUAGAGACUACUACCCACACGUGAUUACCAACGACGGUGUCCACUUUUUGGAGACGAGCAAGCGCAUGGAUCCCUCACCCCCUGUGAUGAUGGUGCUCAGUUACCCAGCGCCCCACGGUCCAGAGGAUUCUGCUCCCGAGCAUGCGCACCGCUUCUUCAACGCCACUGACCACCACACGAUGGCGUAUGAUUACGCACCCAACCCGGACAAGCAGUGGAUUCUUCAGUUCACCGGUAGAAUGCACGACAUUCAACUCAAAUUCACCGAUGUGUUGAUGACGAAAAGACUUCAAACGCUUCAGACGCUCGAUGAGUCUGUUCAGCGGAUUGUCAACACACUGGAAUCUCUUGGAGAGUUAGGCAACACCUAUAUCUUCUACACCAGUGACCAUGGCUAUCACUUAGGUCAAUUUGGCCUCGUCAAAGGGAAGUCAAUGCCUUUUGAAUUUGACAUCAAGGUACCAUUUUUGGUCAGAGGGCCUGGCGUUAGACCUGGAACACAGAUCAACAACAUUGCUUUGAAUGUGGAUUUAGCCCCAACGUUCUUGGACAUUGCUGGCAUCAAGCCACCACCACACAUGGAUGGCAGGUCCCUGUUGCCUCUUCUUAAAGCUACAGCAAGUGGACAGGAAAAAAGCAAAGACUGGAGAGACACUUUCCUUGUUGAAAGCUCAGGACGUAUUCGCGAAGAAGAUGCAUUAGAGCUAAGAAAAGAACGACAAGAACAGAGGGCCCUAGGUCUAGCUGGUGGAGCGUAUGGAGAAGGUGGUCUCUUUACAUCCAAACAUGAACGGCUGGAACUGGUUUGUGAGAGUGACAAGUACCGCUCUCCUUGCAGCCCUCUUCAGACAUGGGAGUGUGUUCAUGAUGGUCUACGGUGGCGCCUAAAGAAGUGCCGUGUUAAAUCCAAGUGGCGUCGUAGAAAUUGUGUUUGUGAACCAGAUUUAGGAAUGGGCUUCUUGGUGAAACUGGACUCUGAAGAAAGACGAAAACAAAGGCUGUUUUUGAAAAAACAUGUUACACAAGAUCUUAAGAAGUAUGAUCCAAAAUUUCUCAAGGCUUUUAGUGAUGUUGACAGCAGUGAAGUGGCUGAAGAGACACUGGGUAGAGUUCAGAGAAAUUCACGCUGGUUCCAUGGCAGUCAGAGAAGGAAAAAUAGCAGACACAGGAGAAGUUCCAUUAUGGAUGCACCAACAUUUGAUGAUGAUGUAGUUUAUGACGGAAUAGAAGAGGAAGAGGAGACAGAAGAGGAUGAUGAAACUGGCAUUGCAAAAGAUGAAGUGGAUGCAUUUGUUAGUGAAGAAGAAAUGAGAGCCAUUGAUGAUAAAAUUACAACAUUAGCUGAUGAGCUUCAAGGAUUAGAGACUGUAAGCAGUACAUCUGCAACAGUGGCACCUGGAAAUCAGUCUCUACCAGAUCACUCUACAUUUGGUUCUGAUCCAGUCCAUCUUGAACAUGGAUGCAGGGCCACAGAAACAUCAGUUGACUGUACAGAUGAAGUGUACUUGGAUCCUCAUGCUUGGAAAGUUAGCAAAGCUGCAAUUGACGACCAAAUCCGUAGACUGCGACAUCAACUCUUUGUUUUAAAGGAUGUAAGAAAACACCUGAGAAAUACCCGUCCAGAUUCUAUUGGAAGCGAGGGAGAUUAUGACUAUGAGGAUAACCAUGAAGAUUACAGUGAUUUAGAUGUAAGGCGUAUCCUUGAUGAAAAUCGUAGUGUGCCCUCAACUGAAGGCUCUGGUUAUGUUGACAAGCAGCAAGAGCAUACUCAGUUUGAUGAACACAUAGAGCCUGUUCACCACAAUGUCAGUGAACAUAUGAUAGAAGAAUCAGUAGUAAAUACUGAAAGUCCAUUUGAUGGUGAAUAUGAUGGAGACAGUAGUGAAGGCGUGGAUUAUGAGGACUCAACUGAAACAACUCCUAUUACUGUGGAAAUGGAUUCUUUUGGGGGGAUAGUACCAGGAGAAGAUAUUAUCAUUGGAAGGGAUUAUGAUCUUGAAGGAAUUCGAGGUCACAAGGAUAGGAAUUAUAUUCAUGGGAGAAGGCGAUCUAAAGGUAAAAAGGACAAAUUUGACAUUUUCCGUGACACACCACAUAAAAACAGAAACAAGAAUCGCAACAAAAAGAAUGGCAGGAAGCAAGAUGAAAAUGAAACUGCUCUGGAAUUAGAUGGAGUGAAACCAUCUCUUGUAGAAGAUCCCACACAGAGGGGACAUUUAGAGCCAGCUUCACAGUUUGAGUUCUACCCUUCACGAGGGUCCUUGCCUUCUCAUGGCCAGUCAUCUCCGAUUGCUGACAAUGAAACUACACCAAAGCAGCCUAUUUGCUGGUGUGAUAAAAGAAUGGCAACCAAGUUAGCCAUCCAGCAGGAAAGGGCAAAAAAGAGAGCAGAGAGACAAAAGUUGAAACUUGAACGUCUGAAACGCAAAGAGCAGAAAAUGAGGCGAAAGUUGCGGAAGUCCAAGGAUAGCCUUGCUGAAUGCAGCCAAAUGUUCUCCAAACUCAACUGCUACCAGCAUGACAAUGACCACUGGAAAACUCCACCUCUUUGGCAUGAUGGAAAAUUCUGUUUCUGCAUGAAUGCUCCAAAUAAUACUUAUUGGUGCUUAAGGACUAUUAAUGAUACACACAACUUCCUGUACUGUGAAUUCAUUACAGGAUUAGUCACUUAUUAUGACCUUAACAUAGAUCCUUAUCAACUUAGAAAUGUUGCAUUUACUUUAUCCAAUAGUCGAUUAGCAGAAUUACAUCACCGUCUAGAAAAACUUCGUGUUUGUGUUGGUGCUGAUCAGUGUGAUGACUUACCAAACGCACAGAGUGCAGGGACUGAAAGACAAGAAAAGAUUCCAGUGCAAGAUAUAAUGAAUAACCAUGCAGUCUUGAAUAAUGUGGUGCUGCCAGUUAGACGCUUAACAAAGGCAGAGCGAAUGCAGGAGAGGGAAGAACGUCGCAGAUUAAGAAAAUUAUCGAAGAAAUACAGAAAGAAUCAGCUGUAUGGAUCCAAAAGCAGACAAGUACUUGAUGCUGUAGGCUCAGGUGAACACAAAGUGAGACUUCCCAGGAAAAGCCGCUUGGAUAAGGAGAGAAGACGUGAAAGGCAGAAGGAGCGUAGGGACCGCAGAAGAAAGAAGAAAUCAAGAAGGAAUAGAAAAUUAAGACAAGAUUAGCAUAUGGUACAUUUUACUCAAUAACAAUAACUUUUUCAAAUGACUUCAGAUCUUACUAGACUACUUUAUAAUGGAUUCAUCACCUUCUCCUCUAAAGCAGCAAAGUAACCAACUUACAUGUAUGGCUUUAAUGUGUAUUGGUGUAAAAAAAUAAAUAAAUAAAAAAAAAUUAAAGUAAUUACAAUUAAGAUCAUUUCUCAUUGCAUUCACGAAAUACAUCCAAAUUAACUGUGUAUUCAUUGCUUAAAUUUCAUAUCCAUCAGACUUGUUAAUGUUAUUGAUGGUUUACAUAAACAAUGUAGUUUGACUGUAUCAUACUCAUUAUACAUGUUCAUAGAUUACAUAGAUGCUAUUAGAUUUAGAAAUGUCUGUGAAUAGAAUAAAUGUAUUUAUUAAUGUGUCCUAUUCUAAUUCCGGAAAACUUAAUAUCUGAUCAUGUGGUGUCAUAAGAGGAGCAUACCCACAUUACCCACCUGUGCUUUCAAGCUAAUCCCACGAGUACUGCACGCUGGUCAUAGAUUUAAAUGCUCAUUUGUUGGUUUUGAUUUUUAAAUUAUUUCGGCAAUUUACAGUAGGUAGGCACCUCUCAUAUUUUUAUAACAAUAGAAAUAAACUUUUAACAUAUCAUUUACAUUAGAUGCUUGUACUUAUUUCUGCAACUUCAUGCCAAAUUUACAGUAAGUGUACUAACUUUGUAUUGUGCUUGUAUCUAUUUUUUUAUCAUUUUUGACAUUAAUUGUAACAAUUUCAGUUGUAUAUUCCUCUGAAGUAGAGUCAUUUUAUUGUCUUGAUUGUUUUAAGACUUUGCCAAUUCAACUCUUGAGUAAUCAAGGUUUGGAAAGUUUAUUACUAAUCUUCUCCUUGGUUAAUGCUGUUACCAGUCCAUAUGUGGUUGUUUAAUUGUACAUUAAAUACAUAUUCCCUGUAAUAACUACUGUGCUUUACAGAUUACACUAGAGUCUUAUUAUUUGAGGCUUAAUUAAGAAUUUAUAUCAAUGUAGCUGUACUUGGGCAGUGUUUCCUUGAAUACUACUUAGCAUGGUACCAUAACAUUUUGUAUGAUUACAGUCACUUCCCCAAAUAGCAUCAUAAACUUUAGAGAUGAUCAUUUUGUUUAAAAAAUGGUCAUGGUUCAAAUUUUAAUAUGGACUGUAAGAAGUAUUUCUUAAUGUAAUUGGACAAUUGUUCUCGACACUGUAAAUAUAUACAAGAAAUACUA